AUGGUCAUUGCCCCUUGUCGAGAUCCACUGUUCGACGAGGCGAAUGAACCGAAAACUGGCCACCGGCUCAUCUGGAACAUUACUGCUGCCUUGCAGUUCGCGCUUGGUUGCGCAAAGGCUAGAGCCCAAUGCAGUCAGCUGUCUGGUACGGCGGAAUUGGCUGCCGCGACCAGCUUAUCCGACGUUUGGCGUGCGGAUGCUCUUCGUUGCCUGGCCAAUCAGCUCCCCGAACUGGGUGCUCAGGUUGUGUUGGCAGGACGUGCGGUGGUUCUGUCGGCCGGCAAACGAAAUGGCACCGNGGACCAUGGAGCAAGCCACUGCCGAUCAUUUCGCCCUCAUGCGACAACACUGGACAGACAGUGCAGAACGAAUGCGUGCUUUGAAGCCGGAAUGAUUCGGGACUCGGAUCGGACGGAAAAAAGUAUUCGUGACACACAUACAACCGGUGUGGUCGAUGCGACAACCAGUAUUGCUCGACGUGCGAAUCGGGUUCUUCAGGUGGCUACACGCGAAGCAGAUAACAGCGAAGAUUCCCGAUAUGUGGACCGAAUGAAUGAUGCAGUGAAACAGCUUCGUUCCACAAUCACCCCAAUGGUUACCGAGGCCAAAGGUUUGGUUACGGAGAUCAAAGACCCGCGGGCCCAAGAACGUUGGCGCUCUUCAAACCGGAAUCUGCUAUCCGCUGUGGGUGUUGUAAAACAGGCUGUCGGACAGUCCAUACUCCCAACCCAGUAUUAUCAUCAACAUUAUCAACGUGCUACCAAUGUCCAUCAGCCUCCCAAAGGUUCCGAGCGUGAUAUGCCCAUUCAGGAACUGCAGGAUAUGUCUUUGCAGGACUCACCAGGUCUCAGUCGAACCGAAGCAUCAGACACGGAAGCCGAGGAGGACUUCGAUUUCCCCCCACCGGAAGAAAAUCAACCAAUCAUGGCUGCUGCCCACGCGCUGCAUCACGAAGCUCGUCUUUGGUCUAGUCGUGAUAAUGAACUGAUAGCGGUCACCAAACGCAUGGCUGCUCUGAUGGCCCAACUCAGUCAAGUUGUCCGCGGUGAAUAUGGCACGAAAAAGGAUCUGAUCAAUGUCGCCAUGGCUAUUGCCGAAGCUUCCCUCGAUGUCAACCGGUGCGCCAAAGUUCUGGCUAAAGAAUGUACCGAUCGUCGAAUUCGUUCGGUAAGCCAGAAUAUGCUUAUCAUUUCAUUUUAA